UGUCCGCAGUCUCUGGUCAUCUCCUGUACUAUGUCCGCAGUCUCUGGUCAUCCCCUGUACUAUGUCCGCAGUCCCUGGUCAUCCCCUGUACUGUGUCCGCAGUCUCUGGUCAUCUCCUGUACUGUGUCCGCAGUCUCUGGUCAUCCCCUGUACUGUGUCCGCAGUCUCUGGUCAUCCCUGUGCUUCUCUGUAUCCCUGUGUCCCGCAGUCUCUGGUCAUCCCCUGUACUGUGUCCGCAGUCUCUGGUCCUCUCCUGUACUGUGUCCGCAGUCUCUCUGUUCCUCCCCUGUUCUAUGUCUGCAGUCUCUGGUCAUCUCCUGUUCUGUGUCUGCAGUCUCUGGUCAUCUCCUGUACUAUGUCCGCAGUCUCUGGUCAUCCCUGUACUAUGUCCGCAGUCUCUGGUCAUCCCCUGUACUAUGUCCGCAGUCUCUGGUCAUCUCCUGUACUAUGUCCACAGUUUCUGGUCAUCUCCUGUACUGUGUCCGCAGUCUCUAGUCAUCUCCUGUACUUUGUCUGCAGUC